AAUAACAACAAGGAACCCAAGGGUGGUCAGGGUAAGGAUUCUAGAAAAUAAAUUCGAUCUUUGUUGCUGGAAUAUUUUGGCGAUCGUGGAGCUUUAGAUUCUAUAUGGCUGCUUCUCCAAGCCUUGCACGUCCACGCUUAGCCGUGUUUGGUGCAACAGGACCAACUGGUAUUUGUGCGGUGAAGAGAGCUUUGGAGCUUGGGCAUAAUGUCACUACUUUAGUCAGAAGUCCUGAGAAAUUGAAAGACAUCCAAAAUGAGAACCUUAAAGUGGUAAAAGCCAAUAUAUUUGAACCAGAUUCUCUGGUUGAACACCUAAAUGGCCAAAAUGCAGUGAUGUCAUACCUCGGUGCUCAUAACACCUCAGCUUUGAAUCCAACAACACUGUAUAGUGAAUCAAUGAAAUCCAUUAUGAUUGCCAUGGAAAGGGCAAAGGUCAACAGGGUAGUGACAAUAACAUCAUGGUGUACUGUCAAACAGCCUGGCAACCCGAAAUUAAUGGAAUGGUUCCUUAAGCCAUUGUUUCUAAAUGGAUUUUUAAGAGAUAUGCAUCUAAUGGAAAAUAUGCUGGAGGAGUCAUCUUUUAAUUAUACAUUCAUAAGACCUCCUGGAUUGUCAAAUGCCAAGGCUAAGAAUAACUACAAGCUUGCUGAGGGUCAGUAUCUUGAUGGGGUUUCUUGGACAAUUUCCCGUGAAGAUGUUGCAGAUGCAAGCCUUAAAGUGCUGCAGACAUCAGACUGGGACAGGAAAGGCUUGGCUAUUGGGUGCCUGAAAUAAAACCAAAGUUAACACCUUAUCAACUAUUAUAAGUCUUAAUUCAUCCAACCAUUUUAUUCUCAUCCAUUCAUCCCAUUAAUUCUGUUUCAUUCAUUUUUUUCCAAUUUGGAGUAAAACAUAAUGUAGUUAAAUGAUCUGAUAUAUUCUAAAUAAUCAAAAUAAUGGGAUUAAGGUAAUGCUGAAUUUACUACAGGUAAUAAUACAUGCUCAAACUAGAAGAGACCUUGUCUACACCCUGUUAGUUCCUUCACAUUUUCUCCCCAGGGGUGGAUCCAGGAAAUGCAGAAAGGGGCAAAACUUUGAUGUUAGAAGAACCUCUAAGUUCCCAAACAAAAGGGUGUUGCAGCCCCCUUGGCCCACUUCUAAAUCUUGAAGUCCUCCAUUACCCUCCCUCACCUCCACUCCCCCUCCCCUUGUUUUUGUUUUGUUUUUCCAUCCAGCACCUUGCAACAUUCCAUUACCUUCCCUCCCCUCUCUGCUUUACGACUUCAUAAAAUACGGGUAUGCUAUUGUGUAUAAAUUAUGUAAUAGCUUCAAAAUAAAUCAUUUAACAGUAUGAGUUA